AUGCAUCAUUAUUUAUUAAUUAGGAAGUUUUGCAAUUAUUUAAGUUAUUUUCAUCAAUAUGUUAUUAUUGUAUUAUCUACUCUUAUUACUAUUAGUCAUUUUGUUCUUCAAUAUGAAUUUUUGUCCAGUGUGAACAUUAUCAAUAGCCAAAAUACUAUAUACAUAUAAAAGUUAUCAAAGCCUGCUAUGCUUUAUAAUCCUUCUUUUCCAAAUACUGUCUUCAAAUUUUAAUUUUUUAAGAACAAGUCAUCAAUAUCUUCAAUAAUAGUUGUUGGUUUUUAGGAUUCACACAAGCAGAUGUAAUUAUUUUAAGUAUUAUUAUGGAUGUCGCAAUUUGAUUUGCUCCAUUAAAGAUUACUCUAUUAGAGACAUGUCAUAUUAUAUAACAUACUAGAAUUUGUAUUAUUAAACUAGUAAAUAAUCGUAGACUGGUUUAAGGUUGUAUAAGAAGAAGAAGUAGUAGAAGAAGAAUUAUAAAUCUAUGGUGUUAUUACUUCAUUCUUAGAGUAAGUGAAGUUUUAACUAAUAUUUUUGAAUUACUAUGUGUACGCCUAGAAUUCUGUGGUAUUUUCAUAAAUAUUCUUCUUAUAAAUAUUUGUUGAAAUACUAAAUAUGCUAGUUUAAUUUUCAGAAUUAUAGUCAUCGAUACUUAGAGCGUAUUUAUAUAGGUUUUUCUAAGUUAUUUUAUCUGAUAAAAGAUUGGAUAAGUCGCCAUUUAGAAUAAUUUGUCCUUAGUUUGGUAAGCUAAUAUUACUAAGCAAGUUUCCAAUUUAACUUGAUAUUUUAUCGUAGGAUUAAAAAUCUUCCUAUGAAUUCAUACUAGACAAAGUAACGCUUGAGUUUAAAAUUUUAAAAGAAUCUACGAUAUUUUAAAUAUGA